AUCGAUCACGAUAUCCUUUCCUUCCUCUACGCCAUUACGAAAUAACGCUCCGAAAAACUCCUACCUUACGAUAUCGGUCCCUGAACCUGUCUUCUCAAGUCGCUGACGCAAUCGAUUCAUUGCGGCGGGUUGUACGGGUAGCAAACUUUGUCGAACCAACAAGUGCUACCUAACCUUUGUCGGUCCCAAUUCAACUGAGAGACCUCUCCCAAGGAAGCAAUAUAACAAUACCUAUUGUUGACGAUAUAAUGGCGCCAACAACAAACUCCCCGAAGCGGUCACCCCAGGGUGUCGCAAAGGCUACCCAUCACAACCCCGCGGGUCGUUCCCCGAGAACGUCCAAUAAAGCUGUCUCCCUUGGUUCUUUGAACGCUGAUAGGAAGCGAAGAGCGGCCUCCGUAUCGAGUGUGUCAUCCGUCUCAUCCAUUGGCGAACUCAGCGACGAUGCAAAUGACUCCGAGGAUGAUGAUGCAGAUGACGAGGAAGAACAGCCAGCUGUUCGUGCCCCGUCUUAUGGUCGCCGUGACAGGGCCCAUAAGACGGGUGUGAAACAGAAGAAGACAAAGAAGAUGAAGUUCUCCGACGAUGAUGGCUACGAUGGUCAACGGAGUAGCGAUGAUAACAAUGAUUCUGACGAAAGCUCAGAUGAUGUCUAUGCCGCUGUGGACUACAUCAGCGAUGGCUCAGAUGAUGAGGAACAGGAUGUAGAGAAGCUGGAAGAGUUGUUGAUUGUCGAGUCUGAAAAUGAAAAUCCCGUUGGCGGAAUCCUAGCUCCCGGCGCUGAUGUUUGGGCCGGUCCCAAUGUUUUCGACGAUCAUAUGAUCCUGUCGGGUGCGUCCUUCUUUGAUGAAGAACAACUUUAUACUGCCAUGGAAGCCUUCGGGGAGACCGACAUGGCUAGCGAGACUGCUAUUGAGACCCCGGUGCCGCGCCGGGUGCACUUCCAGGAAGACUCGGACUCCUCGUCUGAUAGUGAUUCUCAUACCGAGGAUGAGAUCCCCAGCGAUUUCCUCCAGCAGGAUAGUCUCGAUCCCCAGUUGCGUCGCAUGAUCGACAAUGAUAAUGAAAAUUUAUCCCGCCGCCGGCGUCAGUCUGAGGAGAUGUAUGCCGAGUCAGACUACGGGCAUUCCAACAUUUACCACGUGGAAUCCGAUGCCAUCUCCGAGGGUUCGGAGUCAAGCGGCUAUGAAACCGAUGAUGGCGAGACUACAGAUGAAGAUCUUCCCCCUCCUGCCACCAUCACGCAUCCUAGAUCUAUCCUGCGUCGGGAUUCUUCGGCCUCGCUGGCGCCCACAGGUGAUGAGAAGAGCGAAACUACUUCUCGUCGGCGAGGACCGAUUAUGGGGACAUUUGUCGCCGACCCUCAUAAGCCUGUUGCACUUGUCGACUGCACUGGCAAGCACCUCGUGAUCAUUCCUGCCUAUGCCUCCUCUCGCCAUGAUUGGCUUGAAUCUGCCACGAAUAGCGCCUGCAAUACUGCUCAUAACAGUCCACGGGCUACUACCAUGCAUCUUAUCGACGAAAGCGAUACGGACGCCCUCGCAUCGCCCAAUCAUGCAGACCUGAGCCCCAUGCUUGCAUCAAGUGCUAAUCUUAUGAUGACUGCCCUCGGUAAUGAUAUUGCUCCAGGGGGUCAGGUAAUGGGCCCCCCUGAGGCGUUCUAUCCAUCCCGUGACUUUGCUAUCGAUAGCUCUUUCGAGGACGACGAUGAAGAUGAUCCGGAGUCGGCUUUGAAUGUCGAAGACUUCAUUGACUUCGGUGAUGGGUCAUCUGAUGACGAGAUGGAUAAGGCGUUCGACGAAGAAGCGCUGAUGUCGCCAAUGACUGCUCGUCCCCUACAACUCGGCACGGGCACACCGACCCCUAAUCGCGGUGCCGACUCCCAGCAGGCCAGCAGUGCGGAACGAUUCCUAAACCACCUGGACCGUGGCAUCGUUACCGCGUUCCGCCGGAAUCACAACCGCUACCAAGCACUGUUGCGUCUCCCACAGCAUCGGGAGUUUAUGCCGGCCAAUUCGCCUUCUCGCCCUGCUAGCGUCUUCAGACAUGCACGCCAUGCAGACCAACGCACCCCCACGCGCAAGCGCAAAGCUAGUGGGUACAACGGCGGGGAAGCGGUCCGACGAAAGCUGAUGGACGCCCACCGCCACACCCAGCUUCCUUUUUAAACUACAAUUUGACACUGCGCGAUACCCUGAUAUCUCUGAUUUGAGGCGAACAUAGCGUGCCUGGAUUUCCACCAAUUCCGAGGACAUAUUGAACAUUUGUACAUGGAUUUAGAGUCUGUGUUUCUAGCAUAGACGGUGAUGUGUUUGUUACAUCGGGAAUGUGGGUUGGUUGAUCCAGCCUCGUUCCCCACCAUCGGCGGGUGUUCUGCAUGGCUUCUCUCCCACAGAAUUAGG